AUGGCUGACGUUGUGCACGUCUCGGCGCCUGGGAAGCUCUUGCUGUUCGGCGAGCACGCCGUCGUCUACGGCUGUCCCGCAGUGGCCGCUGCAUUAUCUGAUCUGCGCGUCCACGUGAUGAUUACGCGCGUCCACGUGCCUUCUGUAGACGUAUCGCCGACAGUCGAGUUCGCGUGCAACGACGUUACGUCGUCACGUGAUCAGCAGCCGCUGCGACGCGCGUACAGGACGUCCGAGCUGCAAAAGGUGGUGGAAGGACUCGACGACGAGAGCCACUACGUGCCCAUUCCGGCGCAAGCGGUGAUGACGCGUCUUGAGAACGCGCUGGAAGGCGAGACACGUGAAGACGCUUCGGCGAUGCGGGUGCCGCUUUUCUUGUGCUGCGCGCUGCUUCGUUCGUCAGGUCUAUUCAGCGGUAAGCAAGGUGGACUCUGUGUAGAGAUGGCUGCGCGCAAUUUGCCUGUCGGUGCAGGACUAGGCUCUUCGGCUGCGCUGGCUGUAGCGCUUUCGGGAGCGUUUGCAGAGCUCUCGGGCAGCUCUCGUAGGCACGAGCUGGAAUUCAUCAAUGCGUAUGCCUAUGGAGCUGAAGUGAUCCUCCAUGGCUCACCGUCGGGUGCAGACAAUACGGUGUCGUGCUUUGGUGGAACGCUGGUCUUCCAAAAGCGCUCGGGACCAUCGUUUCGUCGCAUUUCGUGCGAGCUGGACAAGUUCCGGUUCAUCAUUGUGAAUACUCGCGUUCCACGAUCUACGAGGGUGCAAGUUGAUUACGUCAGAGAACGAUACGAAGCUGACCGCGAGAGCGUGCAGACGCAAUUCGACACGAUUCAGCAGCUUGUGGAAACAUUUGUUGCACUCAGCACGCGCAAGGUGCUGUCCGAGGAAGUCCUUGGCCAAGCAAUUGAACAGAAUCAGAAAGUGCUGAGCGAUUUGGGAGUAAGCCAUCCGCAGAUCGACGCAGUCGCGCGCAUUUGCAAGCAGUUCAACGGCGCUACGAAGCUGACGGGCGCAGGUGGCGGUGGUUGUGCGAUUUCCCUCUUGCCGCAAAGUCUGAGCAACGACGACUUGGCGAAGCUUGUUGCGCAGUUGGAAGCACAUGGGUUCGAGUGCUUUACUAGUUCCAUUGGAGGUCCGGGCUUGGUUCACUCUACCCAAAGCGAAGAGGCGAGUCCGUUUGCUGGAGGGAUACAGUAG